GAGAGCCGCCAUCUUGGUUUUUCACAUCAAGAGCAAAAAUGCCGGUUACUGUUUCUCCUGCAAUUCGGGUAGGUUUUUGUUGUGCUUUUGAAUGUAUUUGUAGUUAAUAUAAUUUUAUAAAACAGCAGUUCUCUAUUCAAUUAUGUUUUUAGUACGUUAUGUUACAUAUUUCCAUGUGUAAAUUUAUAAUAAAUAUUUAUUAUUUCUAGUUUUCAAGAUAUGGUGCUCUGCUAAUUGGAAUUGGUUAUGGUUACAAACGAAAUGGUAUAAUUUGCAAUUCAUAGAUUUAUGAAAUGAAAUCAUUCAAACUAUUUAUUUUAACUAAUACAAUUUUGACCAUGUGCCCCACCCCCUGACCACAGAAUACUACACAGAAGUCCAUGGUUAGCACUAUUUUCCAUCCAGCAAACUGACCUGACAUCAUUUUCUCAAGAUAGAAGAGGUGUUAAAUGGCUAUGUAACUAACCCAAACCCUACCCCUACUCUAACCCCUAACCUCAACCCUAACUCUAACACUAACCGAAUUAAUAAAAAAAUCCAAAAAGAAACGACUUUACAAAAUCGAUAGGGCGGUUUGCUGGAUGGAAAAAAGUGCUAACCGAAGUCCAUCUCCAUUGUUUUUUUGCGUAAGCGCUAUUCGUCAUGAUUCGUCACUUGGCAAGUACCGUAAACAGAAGCAGUCACCCCCUGGACGUGCACCAUUUCCAAGGGGGGGGGGUGUGCUUCUGUUUAAGGUACUUGCCGAGUGACGAAUAGCGCUUACACAAAAAACAAUGGAGAUGGACUUCUGCAGUGGUGGAUCCAGCAAAGUUUUUUUGGGGGGUGCUAACCAAUGGCGAAACGAGCGCCGAAGGCGCAAGAUUUCUAGGGUGGUCCGGGGGCAUACUCCCCCUGAAAAUGUUUAAAAUUUGGGUCUCUGAAAUGGCAUUUCCAGCAUUCUGAGAAAACAUUCUGGAAAAUUUUUAGAUUCUCAAAACCCUUUAAAAAUUCAGAAUAUUUAAUAUUGGCUAUUCCGCUAUUGUCAACUAAUGAUACGCAACUGAAUUCCUUAACAUAAGUUGGUUAGAAUUAGGAUAAAUGUCAUUUUUGCACCCCUCCAUGCACCCCUGUUGACCAGAGCCUGGGGGGGAGGUGCCCCCAGGCUCUGGCUCUGGGUGAUGAAUGAUCAAUGACCCAGACUGUGCAUCUGGUCAAUUAUGUGAUUUCGGGUGUGUAAGACUAAAAUUUAGGUGUGCAAUCCUGUUUGAAACUUGCACUAGAGUUUUAAUGUUAAAAAUUGCCAAUAUGCAACAAAUACUAGUUGUGUAGACAUCAAAGUGUGCAAAAUUAUUGGACAAAAACGUUCUUGCAUGUGCACUUGCCAUACUCUGCAGUCUGGUCAAUGACAGAUCGGCCAGGGCGCAUUCCAUGUAAACUCUAUGCCGAAGAUACGCCAAUAUUAACUAUAGAUAGUAUUGUAAUUUGCCAAACUCACGCUGGAUAUCUUCGCACUUUUGUGCACAGAAUGCACCCUGGCAGAUCGGUGUACUCAAGCUGCCUUGCUUUUUCCGUGUAUACCUGGGAUAGGAUAGAAAUAUUGUUUUGGCUACACCACCAGUUCGGCAUACGGGACAAAGAUUUUUGGAACUUUUUUUAAGCAAUAGAUUUUGAUUGUAUUUGAGUAAGGUUUCACAACGUUGAUUGGCAUAAAUAUUUGGCAUAUAAACAACCAACUUUCCACUAUGGGUGAACCAAAGAUCUACUCCAGUCUCAGAAACAUGUGCCAGUGUAAGCCUGUUUUCAACAUGCAGACAUAUUCUGCCUACGAUUCACUACUUGGAAAAUACAAAGCAGUGACAAAACAGUUGAAAUAUUUUAAUGGCUUAUAUUUAUGCCAACAUGAUCAUGUAAAUUUUUGCACACCAGUGCAUCAGGUCGUUCCAGAAAAGAUCCAUACUCCCUCCACAGAGGGAGGGGGAGGGGAGAAAAAUUGUUUCUGAUAAUAGUAAAUGUAUUAGGAUAUCCGAAGGGGGUAGGGGGGUUAACUUCCUAUUUCCUCCGUGGGGGUGGUAUUAUGGAUGUUUUCUGGAAUGACCCAUCAUGUGAUCAGUUCACUUGCACAUGACUCUGCACCAAAAUAGAGAGAAUUUACAAACCAUACAUAGUACUAAUGCCCUCGAGCAUGCACAACAUGUGCAAAGACAAACUAUUUUUUUAAUACAUUCCAAGGCUUAUGAUUUCAAACAAAACUAGCCAACUAACAAAAUCACACAGCAAAUAUAAAGUGAUGCUAAACUUCAUUUGGGCACUACAUUAUUCCACAUCGGAAAUCUUUGGUGCAACCUACAAACUUUCCACCCUUGGAGCUCGGUAGAUUACACAAGUAAUUAGACGAACAUAGAAAAGCUUGGUGCUCAAUAAUAUGUUUGUUGGACCAACUUUAAUUUUAGUUUUAUUUGAUUUACUGUUGAUUAAAAUGUGUAAUUCCCCCAACCCUUUUGAAGCAGUUUACUGUGACAAAGCCGUUGUUGACCCAGGAACAAUAGUUAUUUUCCAUGGCCAGACUGGCAGCAGAAUUGGGUAUUUUUUAUGAGAUCUUGGGGACAAUCUAGAGGCAAGGGUGCAAAACAGUUUCCAAGGGCACAAAUGUGACCAACUAGGUAUUAAAAAACAACUGAAUUAGAGAGUUUGGGGCAAAUUAUAGCAUGAAAAUUGACUUGUAAGAAGAACAAAGCUUUUCCACAGGGUGGCCAUGACUAACUCUGGAUCCAUGAGACAGUAAUAAAUUUAAAUUUGUCUCAUUCUUGACAAUAUAAUAAUGUAACAUAUAUCUAUAGACAAGAAUGAUAUGAAGCUCUUCAGGUUUACUUUUUUACAAUUUUUUCUGGUAGAAUAUUUAAAACCAUAUGGAGCUAAAGAUAGAAAGGUACAUGAGAAAAAGGCUGAAGAACAAGCUGAGUUGAAACGUUUAAGAGAGGCAGCAAAUGAAGGUACUGUAUUAUUAAACAGAGAAAAUCAUCCUUCAUUGCAACAGUAUUAUCUGUUUAUUUUCAUUACUCAAAAUAACUACAAAAUAUAGUUCUUGAAAUAACAAUUAUAGUAUGUUUGUGAUGUUACUCUGAGUGUGCAUCCACACCGGGCAAGCUGAAAAGUUUGCCUGACCAUGGUGGGAAUCAAACCCGUGACCGUUUGGGAUGCAAUGCUCUACCAACUGAGCCACAAGGUCAAGUCAGUUCGAGUUGGUGACCUCGUAGCUCAGUUGGUAGAGCAUUGGACUGAUAUCAAGCCGUUUUGAGUUGGUUGACCUCGUAGCUCAGUUAGUAGAGCAUUGGACUAGUAUCCCAAAGGUCACGGGUUCGAUUGCCACUGUGGUCAGGCAAACUUUUCAGCUUGCCUGGUGUGGAUGCACACUCAGAAUAACAUCACAAAUGUCAUUCACCUGAGUACAUAACACCAACACACACAAAAAGUAACAAUUAUAUUAUUUACUUUUAAGUUUACAAAACCAAUUACUAAUUUUCUUAAAUUUUGUCUUGUAUGUUUUAGGGAAGAGCAUUUUUGAUUCCUGAAUGUCUGUCAUUGGUAUAAAGUGUGUUGAUAUGGCAUUGUGAAGAAUGUUUAUAUAUUAUGUAUUAUUAAUAUAAUGGUGCUUUUUAUUUUGAAUGGACUUCUGUUAGUGUCUAAAAGGUUACACUGUUAUGCAGUUUUAUCAACUCCAGUGGCAGUGCUGUCACUUUGUGUUACCUCUCUACCAAGUAGGCACAUGUCUCUACUCAUUCGAUCAGCUGUAUAUUUUGAAACGUCUAAUUUUUCGUUGGUUUAACCCUUCAUGUGACGUUACUCCCUAAUAUACCCUGCUUUGUUAUUAUACUCUUUCUAAUGCCAGACUGUUUUACUCGUCAAGAGUGCUGGUGCACAUGCUGUUACUAAUUCUUAUGGUUUCUUCAUAGUUUGGAAGACAGUUGCAGCCAGAUGUCUGUUAACUAAAUCUGCAAUAUUUCUUAGUCUCACAGGCAUCAGUUUCAUACAAGAGACCACUGACAUCUGUCUGUUAUGAAAUCAAUGAAAACCCGAGGGUUAUAUCCACUGUUUGGUUGUUGCAAAACCCCAUCAUACAGUUUUCAAUUGUUUAUUUGUACAGAACAUCAAUCUGAAAUGUAUUUCUUAAUUUACAGUCAAAAUAAGAGAACCUUCCCACUUCUGUAGUCUGUUGACAUUUUCUGUAAUUUGUUCUGUUCAAGUUUUGCACCUUUCGUGUGUUAAUAUUAAAGUUACUACAACGAAAAAUGCAUCCUUCGCUACAAAUUUUCAUAAGAAAGCUAAAUAUUGUUGCCAUAUUUUGAUAUUUGCUGAUAAUUUGGUAACCGCUACAGAAAAACAGAACAAUUUACAGAAAACUACAACAGACCACAGAAGCGAAAGUGGAAAGGUUCUUGUAUUUUGACUGCAUUAAAUCGCCCGUAAAUAGGAAAUUUAUUUUAAUGAGGUAACCAUUUUCGUGUCUACAGCCUUUUCAGACUGUUAAAUUUAAUCUUAUACUUUUACGAACUGUAUUUCUGAAAAUUAACGGCACGAAUUGUCAAAAGAUGUGUCGAUUUAAUCCGAUACUGACUUGAAGCCGCCAUCUUGAAUGUACUUCUGCAGGCCCAGACCGGAAGCUGGCAAGCCUCAACGCUGAUUGGCUCCUUGCAAAAUUUUGCGCGAAAUCCGAAAAAUUUUCCCGGCAAAAUCGUGUUUGUUUACAUUGAAUAAACACGUGGAAAUCAAAUGAAAGCCAUAUGCUUGGAAAAUGUUGUUUAACUUCUUACUUUAAAGGUAAAUGGCACACGUUGUUUUGUAUUUUUAUACUUUUUAAUAAAACCUGUAUAAUAUGAGGUUUUUAUUUGUUGUAACUGGUCAGUAGAAAAAAUCUACUGAGAAUAUAUAUUGAAUAAAUUACCUUGAGUAUGUACAUGUGUGUUCAAAUAGCUUAAACACUGUUAUGUGUAUGUUUGCAUCGCAAAAAUCCUUUAUGCCGUUACAAACAGUUAAUAUAUAGAUAAAUAUUUUGUAUGUUUCUAAGUAAAGUACAUAGUGUUAUGUGUUGGGUUAUUUAGAGUUCCAUCUUCCUCGAUGAGUUUUAUAUCAAGUUCUGUAUCGACCAUAAUACAAUCUGUUGUAAUGUAGUUGCAAUCUGUAAGUGAUGUAGACUUCCUGUUUGCAUUUUCAUCCUUAUUUUGAGUCUUGCGACGACUACCUUUAAAAUCUUCAAAGGUCUUUACAUCUGCAGUUGGAGAAGCAGUGGGUGUUAUCAGUAAACUUAAACCUAAAUCUUCGGGCACUGUUGGCGUCAGCAUGUUUUUUUCUUGCUUUGAUGUACUGGUGUUCUUCGGACUAACAGAAGGAUGUCUUUUGCUCUAAAAAUG